AUGGUGAUGAAGUGCUUUGCCGCUUGGCUCCUCCUGGGACUGCCAGCCCACGCAUGGUGGUGCGAAACGAGUCGAAGCGUCGGAUGUCGGGGACGCAUCAAAGAGUUUGUCAAGGAGGUGACAGCUACAGAUCCUUUUCUGGCCCUGAGCCAUAUUCACACUGCUGUGAAUGACGAGCCGAUCGUGGUCGAUUGGGACAAUGAUGGUGACUAUGAUGUGAUCGUCAGGACACCCAAGAGUUUGGAGCUCUACACCCAAAGAGCUGGCAGGUAUGUGCGGCUUCAACCCACUCCAUUCGAAGGUAUCAAUGCAUUCCUUUGCAGGCCAGCCAUCGUGGAUUGGAAUAGAGAUCAACGGCUCGACUUGAUUGUGGGAACCAAAGAUGGCAUCAAGUACUAUCAAAGACACUCUUUCUCUGGAAGAGUCCACGAGAUAGUUGACAACCCCUUCGUCAACAUCUCUGCAGGUGGAUGCGCCGAUCUCGCAGUAGCAGAUUGGGAUGGGGAUGGAAAUUGGGAUUUGCUGGUGGCUGAUAUGGAUGCCCCCAUGGUCCAUUUUGAGCAGUCUCAAGGUAGACUGGUGCGCGUGGAGAAAGCUGCCAGCCCGUUUCGUGACAUCAUUGACAUGGCAGAAGCCAAGCACCUCAGACCCUUAAUGGCAGACUUCAAUGGAGACGGCCGCAUGGAUUUGCUUCUGAUGCCCAAGAUUGCAGAAAACCAUUUCUUGAAUGGAUCACCGGAUCCUUUUUACAUUCGUGAUUGGCGUUGCGAGUUCUUCCUUUAUCUUCAAACUGGAGGAGGCCAACUGAAAAAAGUUGAUAUUCCAUACUUGAGAAACCCUGCUUGCUCCUUUGCCGGUGGCAAUGGUGCCUCCCUGGUUGAUUUGGACAAUGAUGGUGAUUUGGACGCAGUAUUUGGAGCACGUGAAGGUCCCUUGCUUGUCUAUGAAAACAAAAAAGUGCUUGGUCAGCAUAUCUUGUCGCCGCGUGAAAUGCCUGCCGGAAUGCGCAUGGACACCAUCCUGGAGAAGGGAGGGCUUUUCAAUUACUUUUACCCCGUGCUCGCCGACUGGGACUUCGAUGGUGACCUUGACUUGGCUUUAGUCACCAUACUUAGCAACCUUCAACCACGAUUCUUUGAGCAUCAAGAGGAUCAUACGGUCAUUGAGCUAGAUGGCCCGCCGAACAUCUCCUGCCCCAUUGAUUGGAGCAAGCCCUUCAGCAUGCUCGAUAUGAACGGGGAUGGAACUCUAGAGAUGGUGGGCCGUGGCACGGGGCGUAUGUAUGGCACGAUCGUUUGCGCACGGAACGGCACCGACUUGGUGGAUUCCAAAUGUGAGAUGAACCCUUUCUGGCAGUUCAACGCAAAUGAGCAAGAAGGCUGCAUCAGCUCAGGGGCAAACAAGAUCACCCAAGGGCAAUUCCCUUCUUGGUUGGAUUGGGACGGAGAUGGAGAUGUGGACGUUUUGAAGGUUGCUCGGCCAGGUGAACUACACCUUCAUGAGCAGCUCUUCAAUGGCACCUUUGUGUUGAAGGUCCUCCCGGUCCCUCCAGUCCGUGACUAUACUGCAGCUGAUUUUGAUGGAGAUGGUGAUGUUGAUCUCUUGAUUGCUGUGCCCAAGGAACCUGGCUGCAGGUACUUUGAGCGCACAGGCGAUGGAAGCCUCAAGGAGCUCAAGGGAAACGACAACCCAUUCAAUUCCGUUUGCGGUUCUACCGGCUCACUUGCAAGCAGCGCCCUCAACGAAGAGUUCAAAUAUUUCACCUUGGGAGAUUGGGACCAGGAUGGUGAUAUGGACAUGAUCGUGGUGGAUGCUCAUGAUGGGGUACAACUGUUCAAGGCUCAAGGCGUCAACCAUUUCUUGGAGACACCCAACUCUCCUUUCUCGACCAUCUCCUUGCCCGACAACAUGAUGGUGAGCUUGGCAGAUCUCGAUGCCGAUGGUGAUUUGGAUGUAAUUGUUCCUUCACAUACAUACCCUAAAGAGUGCUGCGACAUGGAGUACAAAUAUUUUGAGCGUGUGGCCAGUGGAGACUUGGUGGAACUUCAUAUGGCCGUGCCGCCUCUGAGGGCCGUGCCGUUGACAUUCUUCGAGGGGGGUACAAAGAGCCCCUUUGUGUUUCAACGACACUUGGUUGCUGACGUGGAUGGUGAUGGAGACUUGGAUGUGGUUCUAGGAGACUAUUUUUCCAGGGACAUCCAGUACGCGCAGCAACAAGAUGGCCAGUUCAUUUGGCUGCCAGACUCGCGCAACCCAUUUUAUGAAGUAGUUCAGCAGAUCAAGGACAAGGUCUUGUGUUGGAGCAUGGUCGACUGGGACCGUGAUGGCGACUUGGACGUGUUGGCGCCUCAAACCUAUGAGGACGGCAAGAACAUGCAACUGGCAUCACACAUGCGUCUAUUCGAGCAGGUGAGCGACGGCAGCAACUCCAGUUUUUUGGAGGUCGUCGGUUCUCGAAAUCCUUUUGAUGGAUUGAGCAUUGACAUGACAGCUGAAUGCCCUUCCCUCAUUGACCUUGACGGUGACGGAGACUUAGAUUUGGUGCUCAUGCUUACCAGUAAGAGGUUCGAGUACUAUGAACAACGUGAAGGGAGAUAUCACCAUGCUACAAGCAAUCCUUUCGAUGGAGUCUCUAUCAAGAAAGGUUCUACAAUGCAACCUUUGUUCACUGACUGGGAUGGUGAUGGCUCGUUGGAUAUGCUGGUCACAGGUUCGACUAAGCUCCUCUUCUUUCAACAAGGCUUUUGCUUGCCUGCCUCUUCAUAUUGCCGCUGGGGCUCUUGCAAUGAGAGGACAAAUCAAUGCGAACGCAACGAUGGAGUUGAGGGCCACGACUGCAGCAUUUGUGGAGAAUAUCAUGUUCGCACGGAGGACACGUGCAAAAAGUGUCCUGGAUAUGAUACAGUUUCACGCACUUGCAGUCGACGUGGUAUGUGCGAUGACGAUGUGGAUGCCAGAGGCAGAGAGACAGCGGCAAACUCGACAGGGUUCAAAGUCUUGUCAGCAACAGGCACUGGCAGGUGCACAUGUUCCGAGCCUUUCUCAGGCGAUGCUUGCGAACAAGGUGCAUGUCCACCAGGGCAACGCCUCGAUCGGGAUGCAGAUGUGGACCUCGUAAGUGCCAAGUACCCGAGGUGGGAAGCAUGCGUGCCUUGCCAAAAGGGAAGAUUCAAGAACUUCAGCGGUAACGAUGACUGCCGAAUUUGCACAGGUGGCCACAUUCCAGCCGCAGACGCCACCAGUUGCGUCGCUUGCAAGUCAGGCACUACCCCGUCCACUGACCGCAGUGAAUGCUCUCCAUGUGACACAGGCUAUGUGGCAAUUGCUGGAGCACCAAACUGCAGUUCAUGCCCAGCAGGCACUGCACCCAAUGCAGAGGGAAGUGAGUGCAUCGAGUGCCACACAGGUCAGUAUUCCAGGCCGCGCUCCGCCCGGUGCAGCAUGUGUGAGCCAGGCUUUGCUCCAGACGCCACAAGAAGCAGCUGUCAGAAAUGCUUGGGUCAAAGCUAUGCGAAUCCAGGGGAUGAGCUUUGCCGUGCUUGUUCCUUUCCAUCCAUGAUUUUGAAUGAUGACAAUUGGUGUACACCGAUCUACACAAUUCUUUUUGUGUUUGGCUUCAUCCUUCUGAUGCUAUUUGUCAUGACUGCAUUUGGAAGGCUACGCCUUGAAUGUCUCCGAUGGCGUUUGAAGGAUUUGAUCCAAGCAAAGAACUGGCAUGACUUGCAUGCUACUAAGUGUACAUUUCUUGAGUAUGGCCUUUGCAAGAAGAAAGCUGAUCGCCUGCUUAAUGCACGGAAAGCUGAUGUGAAGGCAGAAUCCUUUCAACUUGGCAUUUGCUUGCAGUAUGUCUUCGAUCAUUUGGAAGGUAUGUACACAGAAAGAGCACAGCAAGCCGAGUGGCGUUUUCACGAAUGGCCUUUGACGAAGACUGGCUACCUUGUCAAGAUUCGCAACUUUGGACUCCAAGUUGUUGACCCAGAAGCUGCUUGGAAUGCGUUGCCAACAUGCAGCUAUCCGAAAGAUCCAAAUUUCCAUCAAGUUGCACAAGUCUUGGCAUACGGACCAUGGGCCUUGGGGAAGCACAUGUGUUGCCCACGUGACGGCCAACCAGAUUGUAGUGUUGUGGACGCCCUUCAACCCGAGAACAGCAGUGGCAAAGCCACUUGGUUCCUCUCCUGGGUCUGGGGAUAUGGCUUCAGGACGGUGACCACGGCCCUAUCUAAGUGGUGGCAAAAGCAUCGAAUUGUGUCCGGUGAUGCCUGCUCCAACAUUUACAUUUGGUGGUGCGUGUUCGUGAACAACCAGUUCAGGAUGUUGGAAGAAGGUGUGAUGGAGCCGCCGGAUAAUUUGUUCGAUGUGUUUGGGCAACAGUUGGAGGGCAUUGGCAAGAUGCUCAUGUGCUUGGACAAGUUCAAGGGGGGUCAAUAUACAUCACGAAUUUGGUGCAUUUUUGAGGUGUUUGUGGCAUGUCAGAGGAGUAUUCCAGCUACGGUGAUCCUUCCUGAGCUGGAGGUGGGCGAAAUCGAGUCAUUGAAGGAUUUGACUCGAGAAUGCCGAGUGGAUGCCGCAGCCGCUAAAGCCUCUGUCCAAGCAGAUGCAGAUGCAAUCAAAGAGGAGAUCCAAAAGAAGCACCAGUCAUUCCAAUACGUGAACCAGACAGUGGAGCAUGCUCUUUGGUGCGAAGUCAUUGAAUACCUUGAAGCGAACAGUACGGAUUCGUCCACGCGGGACGAGGGCACCUCUGGUGUGCCGUCCAGCGAGGAGUCCACGGAGUCUGUUCCCUCCACGAGUUCGACGAAGAAAGGUCCGACGUCGUCAGAUUGCAGCCUUCAAUGA